CCCAACCAACAAUGCUGUCCGGCGGCUUCCAAAACGGCGGUUCCACCGCCACCCGCGCCGCCCAACUAGAAUCCAUCCUUACCGACCCCUCCCUCUCCUUCCCACGCCGCCUCCUCAUCGCCUCCGCCGUCGAAUCCCGCCUCCUCAUCCGCCUCGCCGCCCCUGCCGUCAUCGUCUACAUGGUCAACUACGUAAUGUCCAUGUCCACCCAAAUCUUCUGCGGCCAUCUCGGCACCCUGCAGCUCGCCGCCGCUUCCCUCGGCAACACCGGCAUCCAGAUCUUCUCAUACGGCCUCAUGCUCGGGAUGGGUUCCGCCGUCGAGACUCUCUGCGGCCAGGCAUUCGGAGCUCACAAGUACGAAAUGCUCGGCAUCUAUAUGCAGAGAUCUGCCAUUCUCCUCGCCGCCACCGGCGUUCCGCUGGCCGUUAUUUACGCCUUGUCGCGUCCGAUUCUUGUUCUGCUAGGGCAGUCGCCGGAGAUUGCCGCCGCGGCAUCGGUUUUCGUUUAUGGGCUCAUACCGCAGAUAUUCGCGUAUGCGGUUAAUUUCCCCAUUCAGAAGUUUCUUCAGGUAGCUAAUGUAUUGGAGAAUUUAUGCUUGAAAUGA